AUGUGGAUCGGGCUGCUCUUCAGCAUGAUCUGUCUCGCCUGUAUCGUAUCGAACCAGUUUGAUGGCCCAGAAGCAGAGGCGCAAACCCUUCAGAUUGAUCUCUACCGCGAAAAGAUUGUUCAAUGCUUGAUCCUGGGCGAGUAUACCAAAUCGGGCCCGUAUGUCCUGGAAACCAUCAUAAACUACAACUACGCAGAAUUCUGUGUUUGCACGGACGCGAACAGGGAUAUGUGGUUCCUUCUCGCUGUAGAAGUCAAUCUCGCGAUGCGUAUGGGUUAUCAUCGUGAUCCCAGCCACUUCCCUAAGAUCUCAGCUUUCCAGGGCGAGAUGCGGCGCCGCGUAUGGGCAACUGUUCUCAUGAGCGAUGUCCUGAUAUCCAACCAGAUGGGAAUGCCACGCAUGAUAUCGGAUUGGAAGUGUGAUACGGCCGAGCCGCGGAAUUUGAAUGAUGCCGAUUUCGAUGAAGACACCAAGAAGCUGCCACCUUCACGGCCGGAGACUGAACUCACAACGGCUCUGGGUAUCAUCGCUCGCGGACGCAUCCUCAAAUCCCUCGGUACCAUCGCCGACCUCACAAACAGGUCGAGGGUCUGCUCGUACGACGAGGUCAUGCAGGUCGAUCGUACCCUGCGUGAUGCGGUGGAUAGCAUCCCAGCACCCCUAAAGUGGAAACCGGUAACUAUGAGUGUAACAGAUUCGCCACAGGUCAUCGUAGCUCGUCUAUUUAUCAGGCAUAUGUUAUAUAAGGGCCAGACAAUGCUCCAUCAGCGCUUCCUGUCUGACCAGGACGACCGCUUCAGCUACUCACGACAAACAUGCAUUGAUGCGUCGAUCGGUACUAUCGAUCUUCAGAAUGUGCUUGAUGAAGAAACUUGCGCUGGAGGACAACUACACGAGAUGCGCUGGCGAGUUACCUCAAGCAUGAAUCACCAGUUUCUCACGGCAGCAAUGAUCCUGUGCUCCUUGCUCCAUAAUAGACGAAGCAUGGAGAGGGAACAGGAAAUCCGACGUACACUCCAACGUGCGAGGGCUGUCUGGACACGCAGACGAUCCACUUCGAAAGAAGCAGCGCGAGCUGCAGAUACUAUCAGCAUUGUGCUUUCCCGGAGUGAGGUUGGCGCCAGAGGCGAUCCUAGCCACAGCAAAGACGUGGAUAUCAGCCUAGAAAUACCGGAUUCAAGCUGUGGGGUUCGCCUAGAGUCAGAUACUACCAUACCAGAUAGCAUUAUUUUUGAUGACCCCUCCUUUAUCAUGCCGGGAACUUUGCAAGCAUUUAUUCCAUCGAUUUUACAGGAUCCAAAUAAGGGCUAUGAUGGCAACAGUGCCAUCUCUCCCAAUGACUGGAUGUCCAUGGACUGGGAUGGCCUCGGAGAGACAUACACUGGAUAA